AAAAAGAUACCUACCCCUCCAUCCAAUUCCCCCUCCAAGGUGUGGAAGAAAAAAGUUAAGCCCAACUUCAACGAAUUUUCAUAUUUCUUGACCGAUUUCCGACGACUCGAUAUCCCAGCAGGCACAAAUCUUCCCCUCUUGACAAGUGAGAAAGAACAACUGCUGAAAUGCUGUACCUCGUGGGACUGGGUCUCUCCGACGAGACCGACAUCACAGUUAAGGGCCUCGAAGUUGUCAAGAAGGCCUCGAGAGUCUACCUGGAAGCCUACACGAGUAUCCUCCUCGUCGACAAGGCCGUCUUGGAAGCCUACUAUGGCCGCGAAAUCGUAGUAGCAGACCGCGAAAUGGUCGAAUCCAACAGCGACGAGAUCCUCCGCGACGCCCAGACCGAAGACGUAGCCUUCUGCGUCGUCGGCGACCCCUUCGGCGCGACGACGCAUACCGACCUCGUCCUCCGCGCCCGCGAGCUGUCCAUCCCCGUCGCCACCGUCCCCAACGCUUCCAUCAUGUCCGGCAUCGGCGCCACGGGCUUGCAGCUCUACAACUUUGGCCAGACCGUCUCCAUGGUCUUCUUCACCGAGACCUGGAAGCCGGCCUCUUUUUACGACCGCAUCAAGGAGAACCGCGACAUCGGCCUGCACACGCUCAUCCUGCUCGACAUUAAGGUCAAGGAGCAGAGUCUCGAGGAUAUGGCGAGGGGACGGAGGGUCUACCAGCCGCCGCGGUACAUGACUGUCGGCCAGUGCGCUGCGCAGAUGCUCGAGAUUGAAGAUGAUAAGAAGGAGGGCGUGUACACGCCUGACAGCUUGGCUAUCGGGGCAGCACGCGUGGGAGGCAAGACUGAGAAGUAUGUUGCUGGCACGCUCAAGGAGCUCUGCGAUACGGAUGAGAUCCUGGGUGGCCCGCUUCACAGCAUGGUUCUCCUUGGCAGGAGGGCACACGAGCUGGAGCGUGACUACAUUCGUGAGUUCGCGGUGAACAAGGAGACAUUUGACAAGAGCUGGGCCGCGGAUUAUGGGAAGCAAUAAUCGUCAUGACUGGGCGGGGUUUUGUGGCUUAUUCCCCCGAUAACCUUCAUCUACAUCGUGCUAUUCUUACAUGCCACCGCCAUUACUACAACUCCUUUGCAUCCCAACUCAAGAGGAGGCGGAGCGGUACUGCUCAACCUCCUGGGAAGACACCUCUCUCAACUUAUUAACCUUUGCUGGGCUGCCGGUCACGACACCCUCGGCCAGCUGAGCAACCUUGCCGAUGAAGGUAGCAUUGCUGAGGGCAUAGGUGAUGCUGACGGUCUUGACGCGGAUGAUGCCGAUGCGGG